CAAAGUCCUUUUUGCUGAGGGAGCAUGGGAGGUGGCCUGGGAGGAGUGCAUGCUGGAGACAACACUGAUAACAGUCCAACAGUGGCAAGUGGACUCCUCCUUUCCAACGGGACACUGAGCAAGAAGGAGCUGGACAUGGCUCGGUACAUGCCAAGGGUGAUAUCUCUGAAUAAAAGGUCAGAGCAAACUUUUGGCUUCUACUUGAGAGUGGAGCAUGGGGAGGAGGGACACCUGGUACGAUGCUUGGAAAUGGGAGGAAAUGCAGAACUGGCUGGCAUGAAAGAUGGAGACAGGAUCUUACGUGUCAAUGGAACAUUUGUGGAUGGACUUCCCCACUCUGAGGUGGUGGAACUGGUCAGAAGUAGUGGCUCCUCCGUCCUCUUCCAUGUUUUGGAUGAGGCGUCAUACAAACAAGCAAAAGCACAGGGAGUGAAUUUGGCAGACCCUCACAGCUCACCAGUCACUAAUGGUGUGUCCAAACAUGUUCCCAAGCCCAAACUCUGCUACCUUGUUAAGAACAACAGUGGCUAUGGCUUCUCCCUUCGCUCAGUUAAAGGCCAGCAGGGUUUGUUCAUGACAGAGGUGGUCCCGGGAGGAGUCGCGGAUCAGGCCGGGGUCAGAGUCAAUGACCGCCUGCUGGAGAUUAAUGGAGAUGACAUGGACGGCAGCACACACGAGCAGGCAGUGGAGAAGAUCAAGUCUGCAGGGGGCGCGCUCAUGUUUCUUUUGGCAGAUGAGGAGACAUACAGGCACUACCAAAGCAAACACAAAAAAAUGGGGGCCUGGUUAGCAACAACGAAGUACCUGCCACACAAGCCCAGAAUCGCAGAGAUGACCAAAGGAAGUGAUGGCUAUGGUUUCCUGUUAAAAGAGGAGCCUAAACUCUCAGGGCACUUCAUCAGAGACAUAGACAGACGCAGCCCAGCCGACAGAGUGGGUCUGAUGGACAUGGACAGACUGGUGGCCGUGGAUGGGAAAGAUGUGUCUGAAUUUUCCCACGAGCAGGUGGUAGAAUGCAUCCGUAUGAGCGGCAGCCAAUGCUCCCUCCUAGUGGUGGACAAAGAAACAGACCAAAUGUAUCAGAAGGGAAAGGUCUCCCCUAUGCUUUUCUGGGAGGAGACGAAGAGUCUAUCCUCACCUCCGAGCUACAACGAAGCUGUAACAGCCCCAGCGAUCCAGCGUCCACCUUCACCAGUUCAGGACAGAGACGAGGUACUCAAACCCAAACUGUGCAAAAUGGAAAAGACCUCCGCCGGAUAUGGCUUCCACCUAAACGGCCUCCAGGGAGUGUGUGGACAGUACAUCAAAGAGGUUGUGAAAGGGGGGGCAGCAGACAGGGCCGGGCUGGAGGAUGACGACAUGGUGGUGGAGGUUAAUGGGGUGAACGUGGAGAAAAGCAUCCAUGAAGAGGUCGUAGGUCUAAUUCGGAGCAGUGGUAAUACUCUGGAGAUGCUGGUGGCCAGUAGAAACAUCUAUGAGAGGCUCACUGCUAAAGGAGUGCCCAUCACACGAGCGCUGCUGGGGGAGACCUCCUACGCUCAAGUCCACACUCCUGAAACCAGAGAAAUGAGACAAGAAACUCCACCGCCAUCUCAGCCUGAAGAACCAGAGCAACCAGCAAGAUCAAGGAGCUCAUCUGAGUCAUCUUGUGCAUCUGAUGCCAGUGUAGAUCUGAGAUUUUAAGAAGUUGGUCUCCUGUUAAUACUCAACAUUUAACUUAAUAUUAUCACAGUCACCAGAGCCAUUAGCUGAAAUUAAACUAAAUAAACAAAUACACCUGUGUUGAUGAAUAUCAUGUUUGUAUUUGAUUUAGUCUAUUUAUCUUCUGCGAAAUAAAUAAAAAAGUUUGAAGACUCAA